AAAGUUAGAAAUGAGUACAACUGAAAGUUGGAAAGAGGAAGAAGGUAACGGAAGCUUCCAAGGAUUUGAUUACGGGCUUCUCGUACCUAUUUCCAGCCAAACCCCUGUUGUUGUCGACUCUGGGGAAAAUUUCAUGCCCAUAUGGGUGAAAGUGCUAUGGACGGUGAUUUUCAUGGUCAUGAUUUUAAUCGCAACGGGAGGAAAUUGUAUAGUCAUUUGGAUUGUCACCGCUCAUCGCAGGAUGAGGACAGUGACUAAUUACUUCCUUGUUAAUUUAAGUUUAGCCGACUUGCUUCUAACGACGUUCAAUUGCAUUUUUAAUUUCUCCUACAUGAUUCAAAGAGAUUGGCCGUUUGGAAGUCUUUAUUGCAUUAUUAGCAACUUUAUUGCAAACGCUACGGUAGCAGCCAGCGUGUUUACCCUGACUGGAAUUUCCUGCGACAGAUACUUAGCAAUCGUCCAUCCUCUUCAGCCACGAAUGUCCAAACGGGCCUCACUUAUCACCAUUACGUUUAUUUGGCUGGCCAGCAUGACAGUGGCCUUCCCCUGUCUCCUGUACUCAACCACAAUCACAAAUAAGUAUAAAGGGGUGGAAAGAACAGGCUGCAUCCUCAUUUGGCCAGACGGUAAAGUCGUCGGCUCCCAUUUCGACUUUGCGUACCAGAUGUUUUUUCUAAUAAUAACUUACGUAAUCCCCGUCACAUUGAUGUCUUUUUCCUACACCAUUAUGGGGAAGGAGCUUUGGGGCUCGCGCUCCAUUGGGGAGAUGACACAAAGACAGAUCGACUCGAUUCGGUCGAAAAGAAAGGUGGUGAAAAUGUUCAUAUUCGUGGUUUUUAUCUUUGCGAUUUGCUGGCUCCCCUACCACGGCUAUUUUCUGUAUGUUUACUACGACACGGAUAUAAUAUUCAGUAAAUAUACUCAACACGUUUAUCUGGCAUUCUACUGGUUCGCAAUGUCGAACGCUAUGGUAAAUCCAUUGAUAUAUUAUUGGAUGAAUGCUAGAUUCCGUCAAUACUUUAAAACAGCGAUAUGUGGCUGGAAGGAGUGUAUUUUGCACAAAAAAUGUCAAGGAGACGACUCGUCCCUUCACACAGAGUGUCGACAAUCGCACUCGGGUUUUUAUAGGUCGAGGAAAUCAAAACGAGAGGACAAACUAGGAGCAGAUAGUCCCAACAACGUUGCUUCACCAACAACGAAAACCCACGAAUUUAAUGAAACUUUUAAAGCGAAAAAUAACCAAAGAUGGGUGCGAUCGUCGUUUCGGAACGAUAGUAAAAGGACGACUGUUAAUUUAUAGUUUUGAG